UCACACGUUACGUCAAUUCCGUCUGUAGGCAGCGCAUGCGCAUUAAAGUUUGGAGCGUAGCUGCUGGAGUGUCAUCGGUUGUUUUUGUUUCGAUGGGCAGCUGACAAUUGAGCGAGUGCCCUAGCUUUUAAUGUGGCCUGUUAUAGACGUUGCCGGAUUGCAUAAAGUCAUUUUAAAACGUGAUACCACGUCUGUUCAAUGGGUGCCGUGGAAAGCACCGAAGGAGAAAGGGAACCUUUGCUGGUUCCUUCCCAGCCGGCGACAAACACACAGCCUGUGUUCAGCAGGGUGUAUAGGAGAAGAUGGGUUGUUCUCACCAUGUUUUCAUUGUUGGGGUUUAUGCAAGGACUUGUGUGGAACACCUGGGGCCCGAUCCAGAUCUCAGCCAAGCAUGUGUUCGACUUCUCAUCGACAGAUAUCGCGGUGCUGGUGAUGUGGGGUCCAGUGGGUUACCUGCCCUGGCUGCUGUUUAUUUGGUUGAUGGAUAAGAAAGGUUUGCGAGCGUCUCUGCUGCUGUCAGCAUUCUUCAUGGUGCUGGGCGCAGCGUUACGAAGUGUUCCCCUCAAAGACCUGCACUACAGACGCUGGUAA